CCUGAAGUCGGACGCCUGGGGGCGGUGCUUCUGCCAGAGCCCUCAGCCCAUUGGCUCAGGCUUCCGGAAAGGGUGGGACUUGGGAGCUGGUCGUGAGCGGAAGUCGUGCAAAUUUUUCAACCCGGACUACGGAAGACAUGCGGAAGGCUGGUUCUAGUGCUAAGGCCAGGACCGAGGGUCCCCGCCGUGCCAUGGAGGGCGGGGAGGUGACUGGCGACCGGCCGGAGGCAGACACGUCUGACAUGUCAUUUGAGGAGCUCUUGAGAUUACAGAGCCAAGGGAGACCCAAGGCACACAAACAAUUGGUAGCUGGAAACAGCACUAAAACGCGAAGCCCCGGACAACCCAUGUGUGUCGCCGCCGAUAAGCACAGGCCUCUGGAAAUGUCAGCCAAAGUCCGGGUGCCAUUCUUACGUCAGGUGGUGCCCAUCAGUAAAAAGGUUGCCCGAGACCCCCGCUUUGAUGAUCUGUCGGGAGACUAUAACCCUGAAGUGUUCGACAAAACUUACCAGUUCCUCAAUGAUAUCCGAGCCAAGGAGAAGCAGCUUGUGAAAAAGCAGUUGAAGAAGCACCGUUCGGGGGAGAAGCAUGAGAAACUGCAGCAGCUGCUUCAGCGGAUGGAGCAGCAAGAGAUGGCACAGCAGGAACGCAAGCAGCAGCAGGAGCUGCGUUUGGCCUUGAAGCAGGAGCGCCGGGCUCAGGCACAGCAGGGCCAUCGGCCAUACUUCCUGAAGAAAUCUGAGCAGCGGCAGCUGGCCCUGGCUGAGAAGUUCAAGGAGCUGAAACGCAGCAAGAAGCUGGAGAGUUUCCUGAGUCGAAAGAGGCGCCGGAACGCAGGCAAGGACAGGAGGCACCUCCCACUGAGCAAGGAGUAGUAAGAACUGUCCCAGGAGACCUGUGGGAGUGGGCCGGGCUUGGCCAGUUCUGGAUCUUUCCUGCUCAGAAGCGAGCAUGAUGACUACCACUGACCUAACUGACUCGGAAGACCAGCGUGCUCUUGGACUAUAUUAGUGCUGCCCAGCAGCGAGAUCUCCGCCUUCCUUCCACGUCACACUGCCUCUCUGGAAUCUGGUCCGGAAACACCUGGUCUCAUGGUCUCAUCCCAGCCUUGCCUUAAGCCAGUGACUGAAAUGAAGAGGGGGUGUGGUUGUGGUCAUGUGAGCUUUCAGGGCAGGGACUUCACAGCAGAGCCACUGUGGAAACAAGCCUGUUUCUCCUUUUAUUCUGUUCUGUUGUUGUUGUUUGGUUUUUCAAGACAGGGUUUGUCUACAGUCCUGGCUGUCCUGGAACUCCCUCCGUAGACCAGGCUGGCCUCGAACUCACAGGGAUCUGCCUGCCUCUGCCUCUUGAGCGCUAGAACUUGUUGUGUGCGCGUGUCUGUGUGUGUGCACAUGAGUGCGGGGGCGUUUCAGGCAAGCAUUGACUUCCCAUGGAGCUGGGGUUAUAGGACUUGUGAGUUGUCCAGUGCGGUGCUGGGGAUCAAGCACUUUAAUCUCUGAGCCAUCUCU